AUGGUUACCCAGAAACCGGAGACCAAGGAAUCUCCUGCUUAUCAGCCCAGCCUAGAGUAUCUACGCGUGGGCGAGUUAUCAGAUGAUCAUGACACCGAUCCGGCACGAAGAGACGAAGCGGGUGCUUCCUCGCUCAUCAAUGACGCUGGAACCGGGACGUUUAACGGCUGA